GUAGAUUUCAAGUAAUGGGAUGUGGGUGGACUAGCUACAAACAAUCAUCUUAUGAGCUUAUUGAUUUCCCCCAUCUUCUCAAGAAUUCCAAUUUUUUUGUUUCUAUAAUCUACAGCUCGGUGUGGAACAUAAUUCUUGGAGUUGCAAAGAAUUUGACCCGCCUAUAGCCUGCGAGUCUGAGACUGCGACUACCUUCAUCUGCGCGAGUCCGCCCCCAUUUUCCGUGCAACGAUGUGGCAACAUCCGUCCACCACCACCCAGCCGUCGUCCGACAGCUCGAGACGCUGACAUGUAUAAUCUUGAAUUAUUAUAUCAGUAGGAUUUAGCGCAAUCUGUAACACACUGUCCAGAACCUCAGUAAUACGUAGCAUAUCCAGAGCAAAAUUGUUAGCUGUGGCCCUUUUUUUUUACAGCGGCAUGUUCUACAGAAACGUCUUGCUUUUUUCUUAUGAGCUUGCUGGUAUUUGAUCGGAGAAGACAGAAGGAAUGGAAUACGGGGGGUUUGGGAAGAAUUCAGGCCCGGCCGCACGUCCAAGAGCUCAAUACCUACCUGGAAGCUUCCCUCGCACCCCUUCUCCACAGCCUGGAUCUUUCAAAGAAAGUGAAUCUAGACCUAACUGGACUUAUCGGCAAAAGACUGCUUACACAGACCUUGAUGCCCCAACUGAUAUAGGACCUUCUCCAUUCUUGCCUACCAUUACUUCAAGUGGCACUGAAGUUGGUGUCUCUCAUGGAGCUUACCGAGUUCAAGAUCUGAAAAGAACAAGAUCACCUCCUUCAUUGCAAGUAGAUGAAGAGAUUAUAUGGAACUCCAGCACCGCCAGAGCAGGUCCUCUGUCUUCCCCUCUGAAGGCUAACCAAUUAGAGCCGCCACAAAAUUUUGCGAUGCCACUCGCUCAAAAUAUAAUUCCUGCUAUACCUACUUACUUAGAUUCACACGAUGAUUGGGAAAAGGUUCCUACUAAACCUACCAAUCAAGUCUCCAAGCGAAGCAGGUCACCACCUAUUUUGCCUGGUAAUGGAGGCAAUUCAGUGUAUGGUGCUUACAGUUCCAAAAGGCCUUCCAGCUCUCCUCCUAAAUUGAGGCAAAAUUUGCCUGCCAAUGCUCUUGGUUCUCAAACUCAUCAGCACCCUCUUACAUCUGUGUUUCAUAAUAAUGUUGAUAUUGGAUCAAUGGAACCUAUGAGCUUUCCUGUUACCAAAAGGUCUAAAAUACCAUCUGUACGCACAUCAGAUCACCCCCUUCAUGAUGACAGCUAUACUGUUCAAGAUGAUAAUGAACGUGAACUGGAUGCCAAAGCUAAGCGUUUGGCCCGCUUCAAGGAUGACUUAGACCAACCACUACGAAGUGAUCCCGUCUCUAGAGAUCAGAGAGUUGUUGCGAAUACACAAUAUCAAUCUGUGGCUGACAGACAGAAACUAAUGGAGGAAUCAAGUGUUGAUACUCCAGAAUAUUUGUCUAUCGGGAAUGCAGUAUCUGAUUAUGAUGGCCCCGAUUCUUCUGGUAUCAUAGUGGGGUCAUGUCUAGACAUGUGUCCAGAAUCAGAGAGAGCAGAACGGGAAAGAAAAGGAGAUCUUGAUCAGUAUGAGCGAUUAGAUGGAGAACGAAAUCGUUCCUGUAAAUUUCUUGCUGUUAAGAAGUACACUAGGACCGCUGCGAGAGAAGCUGAGCUCAUUCGUCCAAUGCCAAUCCUGCUGCAGACAAUGGAUUAUCUACUCAAUUUACUGAAUAAGCCCUAUGAUGAUAAGUUUCUUGGCUUGUAUAACUUCUUAUGGGAUAGGAUGAGAGCUGUCCGUAUGGAUCUGAGAAUGCAACAUAUUUUUGAUCUUGAAGCUAUCAGUAUGCUGGAGCAAAUGAUACGACUCCACAUAAUAGCUAUGCAUGAAUUAUGUGAGUAUACAAAAGGAGAAGGCUUUUCAGAAGGAUUUGAUGCACACCUCAACAUUGAACAGAUGAACAAAACAUCAGUUGAAUUGUUUCAGUUAUAUGAUGACCACCGGAAAAAAGGACAUAAUGUGCCAACAGAGAGAGAAUUCAGAGGCUACUAUGCACUUCUGAAGCUCGACAAACAUCCCGGAUACAAAGUUGAGCCUGCAGAACUAUCACUUGAUUUGGCCAAGAUGACACCAGUUAUGCGGCAAACUCCGGAAAUUGUGUUUUCUCGUGAUGUAGCCAGAGCAUGCAGAACUGGUAAUUUUAUUGCUUUCUUUCGUCUUGCAAGAAAAGCCAGUUAUCUUCAAGCAUGCUUGAUGCAUGCUCACUUUGCAAAGUUGCGAACCCAUGCUCUUGCUUCGCUGCACUGUGGUUUACAGAAUAACCAAGGAAUCCCUGUGAGCCAAGUUGCCAAAUGGCUCGGGAUGGAGGAAGAGGAUAUAGAAAGCCUUCUUGUGUAUCAUGGGCUUGCAGUAAAGGAAUUUGAAGAACCAUAUAUGGUGAAAGAAGGUGCCUUUUUGAAUGUUGAUAAUGACUAUCCUGUCAGGUGUUCAAGACUUGUUUAUGGUAAAAAGUCGAGGGCAAUAGUUGAAGAUGUCUUUUGUGCACAUCUGGCAGAAACAGUUCAUUUAAAUACAGAUUUAGUGACUCAGUUGGAUAAGAAAUUUGAGCAGAAUCCUGCUCCUCGUCAGUUUCUCGAGUCUGAUAUUUUUGUCGAGGGAAUUGAUGAGGACAUGCCUGAUUAUGAAACAAACUCAUAUCCGAAAGAAAGCUUGACGAUGUUGCCAAUACUUAGCAUUCCUAUGCAUGCAAAGGUUCAAGAUGAGAGUUUGGCAGCUCCUGCAAGUCCCCGGGCAUCUGCUGCUUAUUGUUCUGUAGAACCCCAACAAGGCACAAUGAUAAGUGCAGGAAGCCCAAAGUAUUCUUCUGUCUCCUUGGGAUACCAUCUGGAUACAGUUCAGCAAAUUGAACCUAUGGAUGCACCUUUCCAAAAUAAAGCAUCAAGGGUGGAACAAGAGAGACUUCCAGCUGUGGGCUCUGACAGUGUUGAGAAACCCUCAGCACCGCAUCUUUUGCCUGUUGAAGAUAUGGAAGAUGAAGAACCAAUAACUUUUUGUUUGCCGGCUGAAACUGAUGUCGCAGAUGCUGGUGAUUACGAUGAAGAAGUUGCAAAUGCAAAAAUUAAAUUGAUUAUAAGAAUGUGGAAACGACAUUCUUCAAAGAGAAGAGAAUUGCGUGAGCAGAAAAAGCGAGAAGCAGCAGUUGCAUUAAGUUCACUGUCAUUGGGGCCACCAAUUUGUCAGUACAAAAACACUUCUUCCGUUCUUCAGAAACCAAGCUUGUUCAAUGAUUUCAACAUUGAUGGUGCUGUGAUGAGGCGCUACGAAAUUCAAGAAAAAUCAUGGUCAAGGUUGAAUGUAUCCGACGUCGUUGUCUCUAAACUUGCUGAAAAAAAUAAUUCUGCUAACUGCCUCUGCUGGAAAGUCAUUUUAUGUUCCCAAGGAGAUAUGCAUCAUUCGACAGAACCAAUCCAAAAAAAUAAAGCUGGCUUGUCAGCUGCUCAAUGUUGGCUUCUUUCCAAGCUCAUCCCUGCUGAUAAUGGCAUUGAUGACGAUCUAGUUAUCUCAUCACCUGGACUAUCCAUAUGGAAGAGGUGUGUUACUAAUGAAUCUGAAGGACAUCUAAUAAGUUGUUUCUCAGUUAUCAAGGAAACCGAGUUCCAGAGUCUAAAUGAGACGGUGAUUGGUGCAAGUGCAAUUAUCUUCCUGGUUUUGGAGUGCUUCCCAUGGGAGAUCCAAAAGAAAAGACUUCAUGAGCUCUUGAUGGCUCUGCCUUCUGGCUCUUUCCUGCCUCUUUUGAUACUAAGCAGUUCAUGCAAGAACCAUGUAGAUCCUUCAACCAUAACCAAAGAAUUGGGGCUACAUGACAUUGAUAAAUCACAGGUUCACACAUUCAGCAUUGUUUUUCUUAAAGACGAGCCUCUGGAAAAGUUAUCCGGGUUUUUUAGUGACAACCAAUUGAGAAGAGGCCUAGAGUGGCUUGCAGAUGUAUCACCCCCACAACCGAUUCUUGAUUGUGUUAGAACCCGUGAACUAGUUCUCUCCCACUUAAAUCCCUUACUAGAUGCUUUUGAUAAGACCAAUGCUCAAUAUACAAAUCCAAAUGCCUUCAUAUCGGCUUUUAAUGAAGCCUUGGAUCAAUCAGCUAGAGAAGUAGCUUCUGCUGCGGCUCGAGCAGUUCCUACUUGGCCCUGCCCUGAAGUUGCGUUAUUAGGGCAAUUUGGCAAAGAAAACAAUUACGCUUUGCAGUAUCUACCAAGCAUUGGGUGGAGCUCUGCUUCUAAGAUUGAACCACUUGUGCAAGCAAUAGCCGGCUUUAAGCUCUCUACUUUUGAGGAGGAUAUAAGUUGGCUAUACGAAGGCACGGAUGAUAAUACUGAAGUUCAGAACCAAAUAUCAAAACUUGAAAAUUGCUUGUUCAAAUACUUCACAGAGGAUAGUAAGCUGAUGGGAGAACUGAUAGGUGCAAAAGAGGCAAACAUUAUGGUACAAAAGUACACUCGGCUUGAACUCCAUAACUACUCCUACUACAUUGUGCCAAAUUGGGUCAUGAUUUUCAGGCGAGCAUUCAAUUGGCAGUUAAUGAAUUUAGCCAAUGGAAGGUUCUCGUCAGCAUAUGUCUUGAAGCAACAUAAAUUUUCCAUUUCGCCUGAAAUUGUUUAUAACUGUCACAGCGAAGAUAGGCCGGCAUUGUAUUUUGCAUUGGGGCAACCCACCUUGGAUGAGAUGGUUGAAGUUGGAUGUACCUCUUUGACAUCUGAUAUCCUAAAUGAGCAAAAUGAAGGCUGCUUUGACACGGGGAGGCAUAUGGAUUUAGAUGACCAUAACAUUGGAAAUGCUUCUAAUGAAAUUAAGUCAUUGGGGGAUGAAAUGAAUGUUGUCAAGGAUGAUGGAUUUGCUCUAUCCUGUAAUAAUAAUGAUAAUCAUGUAACAGAAGUACUCAAGAAGGAAAGUAACAAAUUGAGUGAGUUGUUAGAGAAGUGUAAUCUCUUGCAAAACAUGAUAGAUGAGAAGUUGUCUGUUUAUUUUUAAUUCUUUAUGGCAUAUGUAUUGUUACAUUGUAGACUUGUAGUAUAUAACUGUAGUAUUGUUGCAGGCCAUGUAAAUGGCAUAUCUUCACCCACAUGGUAAAUAACUGGAAGAGUAGAAGAUGAUCUAAUCGAC